AUUAAAAGCUUUCAGUAUGUAUGAAUCCAUCUGCAUUCCGACACCAACAGUUCGUCUGCACAAUCACGUGCAGAGUAGCUAGUCAUGGCACGAAAAUUCGCAGGUCAUGCAAGCAUUCUGAAGCUAUUUCGGCAGCGUUGGUCGCGGCUGUCGGCCACCAAGAAGCCCAGCGCUGUACCAUCGCGGCCCACCUCACGCAUUUUUCGCAUAGGGAGCGGUAUGCAGGGAUCCAAACGCGAACUGGACGUACAUGGUAGGAGCUAAUGUAACGCCAGUGUUUGUUCCUGCUAAUGCACAGCAUGGGAUGUCGGUCUUGGCCUGCUGCCCCGUUCGCUCCACUGGACUUGGUGUUCCCAUUCGUGGACUCUUUCGCCUUGUUCGCCUUCUUGGCUUUUCUCUUUCUCUUCUUCUUCAGGGCGCUCAGUUCGUCGGCCUUGGGCGCAUCCUCGGCCUUGAUCUCAGGUGAUGAUAUGCCAGAUGAGCUCGCAGAGGAGAGCCUCAGGGACAUGUCUGUAGAAUGCGGGGAUACUUGUAGAGAGGAGUCGUGCACUGCACAGGUCUGCGUGGUAGCUGGCAUUGUUAUAAUGCACGGAGGUGGCUUCGAUUGCGGUGCUGCCUGUGUGGUGCACCAGUGCAGGCGAAGCGCUGCGAAGCGUAAAUGCUGUGAAACAGCGCUAAGCUGCCGGAAGCACUCCUGCCUAAUCGGGAUGUAUCACGGGACCGCGACGCGUCUAGCUCUCUUGAUUUCACGCCUCGUGUCCUUCAAUUGCUACCAGAUAUCCUCGGCCACAUAAAGUUCUUCGCCAGUUUCCAGCUUCAAAGUGUUUUCAUGCACCCUUCCGAGAAAAAAUC